GAUAACCCUGGGCAUUUUCUUUAUUCUGGUUGCCCUGCUGUUCACUGUUGCCCUGUUCAUUUCAAAUUUGGAUAAAGCUCUCCACUCUGCUGGAAUCAGCUCUGGGUUCAUAAUCUUUGGCACCAACAUCACCAACCCUCUGAAUGAACUACUAUUAGUAUUACAGCCGGUGUUUCCGCUGGACUACAUCCUGAUCACAGUCAUCACCAUGUACUUUGUAGUGACCUCCAUGGCUGGCAUUCGCAACAUGGGCAUCUGGUUCUUCUGGAUAAGGCUGUACAAAAUCCGACCCAAGAAAACUCGCCCCCAGGCUCUCCUCUUCCUCUGUAUGAUUCUUCUCUUGAUCGUCCUUCACACCAGCUACAUGAUCUACAGCCUGGCCCCACAGUACGUCAUGUAUGGCAGCCAGAAAUAUCUCGUACAGAUGCCGUCAGCAGGUCCUGCAUCAGGGAACAGCACCACAAGGAUCUGUGAUGCUGAUGCGCCUGAGGACCAGUGCACUGUGACAAGAUCAUAUCUGUUCCUCCAUAAGUUCUGGUUCUUCAGCACCAUCUACUACUUUGGUAACUGGGCCUUUAUCGGGGCUUUCCUCAUCGGUCUGGCGGUGUCGUGCUGCAGAGGGAAGAAGUCUGUGAUCGAAGGAGAGGUGGAGGCCGACGACUCGGACUUCAGUGAUGAUGAAUAUGUGCACUAAUAAUCAGUCGAUAUUCCCCACAUAACUUAAAAGGGACUAGAAGGUGCAAUUCAAAAUGGAUGUCAGUGAUGUAUUGUUUUUAAGGAGAUAUUGUCGUGGCGUCUUGUGGAUUCUAGUCUGAGUUGACUCAUCCCUCCCCUACAUGAGACUACUGGUACUGAUGAUUGCGUCUUAUUUGGUGAAUUUUAAUAAUAACUUUGAGAUUCUGGGAGUGUCCUCCAACUUAGUCCCACCUUGAGAAUUAACUUGACUUGAACACUGACACACAUGUUUAAGCUUUAUUUGAAACUUGUAUUUAAACUAACUUUGUACCUUCUCUUAGCACUUUCUAGGCCCUUUAAAUGGUUACUUUUUGACCUUACCCCCCACCCACCUUUAGUUGGCUCUAAUAUACCUUUUAAGACAGAACACAUUUAAACAUCCACAAAUUGUUCUGUGAGAUUGUUUCUUUUGACUAAGAGAUUGUUUCUUAGUCAAAAUAAAAUCAUUCUAGGUGUUGACAGAAGUAACAUUCAAGCUUUGUUUUGCUUGUUUUGUCUGAGGCUAAAUACAGUGCUAGAUGGUUUGCUGUUUCUUUUUCUCUGCAUUUAGUCAUUUGCUAUCUCAGACCGUUAUUUGGACGAACGUUACUGUACCUGUACCUGCACUUUGUGAAAUGUAAAGGACCAAUCGCAAAAGAUUUGAGUUAUUCUUGAUUUUGAAUGGAAUUGGUUCAACAGCUUUUUGCUGCCUGUGUUGAAAGAACAUGAGGAAAGUUUGCAAACUAAAUUGAAACAGAAUAAUCUAAUAUGGAUGUGAUUUUAUUUUAAUCAGAGAGUACUUUAUUUUAGAGAUAAUCAACAGCGGGCUUGUGUGAACUAUUAAUGGCUUUUUAUCAGCUAUUUGUUAUUUGUGUAUUUAGAAGUGUGAAAAUGAAUAAAUACAGUUUAAUUAACAAAUGAUCUGAACAUAUUUAUAUGGAAACCAAAUACAUGUGCCUCGUGAAUGUAUAGCAACAUGAUGGGCACACACUGCUGUACGUGCACGUGCUACUUCUAGCCUGAAUCAGAUGAGUUUGGUUUUUGCUUUGAGGUAAAGUCUGUUUACCUGCAGUUAGAAAUGUGGUUACAUGAUGACAAAAGCUGCACCACUUAUCGUUUUCGCCUGUGAUAAGAAUGCUCUUGUGUCAAUAUUGAAUAAAAUCAUUUUAAAAACA